UUCUAUUCAUGAAGCUUUCUUUUGUUCAUAGUUCUUCCUGCUUCACUUAUAUGCUAUAUUUUCUAGCAUUCCUCUGUUCUUUUUGUUUUAACAUGAAACUCAAUUUUAAGCACCAACUUGGCCUUCUCUGUGUCACACUGCUCUUACCUGCCCUGUGUUUCUCUCAGGACUCUUUUACUUGCUCAAGAGCAACCUUUUAUGGUAGCCCAGAUUGUUAUGGAAAUCCAAGGGGAGCUUGCGGCUUUGGCGAAUAUGGAAAAACAGUAAACGAUGGCAGUGUUGCAGGCGUGUCCUGGCUAUGGAAGAAUGGAUCUGGCUGUGGGGCAUGUUAUCAGGUUAGGUGUAAAAUAGCAGAAUUGUGCGAUGAGAAUGGAGCAUACGUGGUGGUGACAGAUUAUGGUGAGGGAGACAGAACAGACUUUAUAAUGAGUCGACGAGGGUACUCAAAAUUGGGGAGAAACACGUAUGCAUCUGCAGAGCUAUUGAAAUACGGUGUAGUGGAUGUAGAAUACAGAAGGGUCCCCUGUAGAUACGGUGGCUACAACCUCUUGGUUAAGGUCCACGAGCACAGCAGAAACCCUCAGUACCUGGCCAUUCUCAUUCUCUAUAUUGGUGGAGCUUACGACGUCACUGCUGUUGAGUUGUGGCAGGAAGAGUGCCAAGAGUGGAGGCGAAUGCGCAGAGCAUUUGGGACAGUGUUUGAUGCUGAGAACCCGCCCAGGGGUGACAUAAAGUUGAGGUUCCAAUUCAGUGGUAAUGCAGAGCAGUAUUGGGUGCAAUCUAAGAAUGUUAUCUCUGCUGAUUGGGAGGCUGGAGCUGUUUAUGACUCAGAAAUUCGCCUUGGCUAAAAGGAAAAAACACUUUCGGAUUUCACCAAUGUAGAUCGUCACUAGAUUACUAGUGUUUUCUUGUUUAUGGAUUCUGAAAUUCUUAGAAUGUUCCUUUGUGCUCUUUGUACAACUGUGGGAAUUCAUAAUAUGAACAAAUAAAAAACUGUUCCUCUGUUAAUGUUAAUAAGAAUUCCUUCAACGUUGUUAUGCUC